UGCGUUUUUCUGCUCGUAGGGUCUUAUCUCGCUGCUGCAGGCUUGUUUUCAUAUUUAUCAGGCUAGCAGCUAGCGUGAGCUAGCCGCGUCUUUUUUGCUUACAUAUACUUUGAUCUAGCAGGAUGUUAGGAUGGACUGUGGCCCAGCUCUGCCGGACAGCCUUGUGCUGGAGAUCUUCCUGCAUCUUCCCCAUGAUGCUGUGCUGAGAGCUGGGCUAACCUGCAGGCAGUGGUUGGCUGUUUCCAGAGAUGAGUUCCUGUGGCGGGAGCUGUUCUACAGCUACUACCGCAUCCCUCGCUCUGUGCCUCGACACCCAGCGGCUGUGUCAUGGUACAGGGAGUUCAAGCGUCUGUUUGACUGUAUCCCUUGUGUGGAGGUUCAGACACUGAGAGAGCACCAUGACCAGGUCCUCCACUUGGCAUUCUCUCACAGAGGUCAUCGGUUUUCCUCGUGCUCCAAAGAUUGCACAGUUAAGCUGUGGGACACAGAGCGGCCCGAUGGUAAUAUCUCCUUGGUCCACAGUUGCAGCAUGCGGCAGUUUAACUGGGGCUACACCCAGUUCUCUCAGUUCAAUGCAGAUGACAGUUUACUGCUGGUAUCUGGUGUCUAUCUGGGCCCUCACCACUCCUCCUCUGGGGAAAUCGCCGUCAUCAGUCUGGAUAAUUACUCGCUGUUGUCGCGGGUAAGGAACAAGCCCUAUGAUGUGUUUGGCUGCUGGCUCAACGAGACCCACCUCAUCUCUGGGAACCUUCACUGGAUCGGAAACAUGACGUCCUGCUCCGUGCUGUGGCUCAAUAAAGCUUUCCAGGACAUUGAAUCAGAGAAUGUCAAUGUGGUCAAGCGACUUUUCAAGAUCCAGAACAUUAAUGCCAGCACCAUCCGCACAGUGAUGGUGGCCCACUGCCGGCGUCAUGACAACCCAGAUUUACUUUUGGACUAUGAGGCACAGUCUCAGGCACAAAGGCAGAAAGGGCAGCAGCACCACCACCAGCCUCUACUCUUUGACCUGGGAACCUCUGACAGUGAGGAAGAGGAUGAGGAAGAGGAUAGCUGGCAGAGGGAAACAAGGUUUCAUGCCCGCCGCCAACUGCCCACACUAUCAGGCCUGGAUCAUGUAAUACAGGGUCGUAAGUGUGUCGGGCAAAUGGAGUUAGAGAUUGAAACUCAGGUGGCUCAGAUGUUGGGCAGAACUCACACUAAGGCUCCAGAUCCAAGCCUCUUUGAGCCUUCUGACUCUGAGGAGGCAGAGGACAAGACUUACCUACUCUUCACCACUGGCAGCCUUACAUAUUCUCCUCACCAGAUAGGUAUUAAGAGGAUCAAACCUGACCAGAUGACUACAUCUGGGCCUGUCCUCGGGAAAGAGAGGAGUUCAGAAGAGUUUUUUGAUUCCUUGGACCAUGUUAUUGAUAUUCAUGGCCACAUUAUUGGUAUGGGCCUUUCUCCAGAUCACAGAUACCUUUAUGUAAAUAGCCGGGCUUGGCCGGCUGGAUGCGUGAUCUCAGACCCCAUGUCUCCACCACCCAUCGCUGAGGAAAUCGAUCUGCACGUCAUUGACUUGAAGAGUCUACGAGAAGAGAGGAGGAGUCUGCGUGCUCACAGAGCCUUUACACCCAACGACGAAUGCUUCUUUAUCUUCCUUGAUGUCAGCAGAGAUUUUGUCGCCAGUGGAGCUGAGGACAAGCAUGGCUACAUCUGGGACCGUCAUUACAACAUCUGCCUGGCACGUCUGGCACACAGUGACGUGGUGAACUCGGUGGCGUUCAGCCCCGCUGACCAGGAGCUGCUUCUCUCUGCCAGCGACGACUCCACCAUUAAGGUGUGGCGCUCGCCGCGCAUGGUCCGCUUGGCACAGUCACCCGCCCGGGCGCCGAGGUCUCGCAACUUGCUGUCCUCGUGGCUCGGCCUCAAUAAGAACACCACACCUGCCAGCAGUGUAAAUGGAAAACCAGGAUUCAGGUUGGAAAAAAGUUAAGGUGGGAGGAAGGAAAAUGCGCCUCUGCGGUGCGAUUAUAUUUACACUCCGUGUCCGUGCACAGUGUGGUUACAUGGCUUCACAUUGAGCUCACGUUGUAACCCCAAAGCAGUGCUGGGUGUUUUAGCAGGUGCGAAGUGGCGUGACUCAAGUUUAGACACAAGGGUGUGCUGUUCCAUCAGAUAAAAUGACAGAACUGACUGCAGACUUUAUAACAGGAGCAAUAUUAAAUAUUCUCCUGACAGAAAAAGAAUAAACAUACAAAACAAACAUCCAAACACACGGAAGGUUUUAUCUGUGAGGGUAAAAGGUGAAUUUGUACAUGUGCUGCCGACAUGAUGCUGUCUUUGGAUGUUGGUCAUGCCAGCAAACGGCUAUAAAUGCAAAAUGUUUUAUUAUUAUUGAGUACAUUUCAGAUCUUGUCUUUCACUAUAAAUGUGUGAAAGAAGUUUUCAUUUGAAAAUUACAGGAAGCAUGAAAAGUGAAGACGUUUAGUUUCCAAGAACACCUGCUGGUUUGGAGGGUGACAAAUGAUCAGUCACUCUAAUACUCGGAACCGUUGAGUAAUGUGAGUCAAGGAAUUUUUGAGUUAAUGUAACUAACUACUGAAAACUAACAGAAAUGUUGAGCUUCCAGUUUUUCGGAAACUGCCUUACUGUAAGCUAGCUGUUUGUGCAGCUAAUUAUUGGGUCGGUAUUGUGCAAAACAAAGUGUAUUUAAAUAGAUUUAUUAGUUUAGUGUGUUAAUUGUUGUAUGACAUGAUUGCACCUUUUUAAAUGUGAUCAGACAGUUCUGUUAGAACAUUAGAAUAAUUAAAUU